AUGGCGGACGUGGUCGGCGGCAAAGAGAAGGGCGGGGAGCAGCGACUGGUGUCGCUGCCCCUGUCCCGCAUCCGGGUCAUCAUGAAGAGUUCCCCCGAGGUAUCCAGCAUUAACCAGGAGGCGCUGGUGCUCACGGCCAAAGCCACGGAGCUCUUUGUUCAGUAUCUAGCCACCUACUCCUACAAACAUGGCAGCGGGAAAGAAAAGAGAGCGCUGACCUACAGCGACCUGUCGGACACUGUAGAGGAGUCAGAAACUUUUCAGUUUCUUGCAGAUAUAUUACCAAAGAAGAUUUUAGCCAGUAAAUACCUGAAAAUGCUUAAGGAGGAGAAGGGGGAGGUCAAGGAGAGAGAGGAUGACAACAGUGACGAGUGUGACGAUGACGAAGCUGAAUCCUAA